AUGACAAUACUUUGCAUUGAUGUUCAUGAAUUAACACAUGAUAACAGUUCCAGAUUCUCUUUGUGCAAAACAACCACCACCAAAAUGGUGUUUGGAGGCUUAGGUGAAACUAAACCUGCAACUCCAGAAAUUCAGAAGAUAGUUGAUGAGGUAAAGCCACAGUUUGAAAAAAAGUGCAACGAAAAAUAUGACUGCUUUGAGGCUGUAAAUUACAGAAGGCAAGUGGUUGCUGGGAGCGUGUAUUAUGUAAAGGUACAUUAUGAUGGUGACCGAUGUGCACAUUUGAAAAUAUUCGAACCUCUCCCUUGCAAGAAUGAGUCAUUGGAGCUGUUGGACUACCAGACUGGCAAAACCAAGAAUGAUGAAAUGAAGUACUUUUAG